AACAACGCGGUACAUCCUGCACAAUAUGUUGUACAUUUCUCCCUCUUUUCAAAUACUCCCACCACCACCAUAUCUUUUUCCUUUACAUUAUCCCCUCCCUCCAAAAUCCACUUUCCGGCGAAAUGUCAACCACCCCGACACCACCUCCACCGCCGUUUUCCACGACCAACUUACCCACGCGCCACCACAACACCACCCUCCGCUGGACCCCACAACACCCACCUUCCCCUGCCAAAAUCUACACAACCACCACAGCAACCAACACCCCCGCCUCAAUAACAGUUCACCAAAAUUACGAUAAUACCCUCUUAAACCUCUUAAAACAGAGAAAAACAGAAGAUGCAUGGGUUGCAUACACUCAAUCUCCACAUCUCCCAAACCCCACUUGUUUAAGCCGCUUAGUCUGUCAAUUAUCUUAUCAGAACACUCCCCACGCGCUAUCACGCGCUCAAUCCAUUAUCCAACGUCUCCGCCGUGAACGCCAGCUCCACCGCCUUGAUUCCAACUCCCUCGGCCUCCUCGCCGUCGCCGCCGCUAAAUCCGGCGACACCCUCUACGCCAAUUCCAUUCUUAAGUCCAUGCUCAAAUCCGGAUACUUGCCCCACGUGAAAGCCUGGUCCGCCGUCGUCAGCCGCCUUGCUGCCGCAGGUGACGACGGCCCAAAAGAAGCUGUGAAAUUGUUUAGUCAGGUUACUAGGACCAUCAGACGGUUUAAUGAACCGCAAAUGGUUGUUGAUUCUGUUCCGGAUACUGCGGCUUAUAAUGCGGUACUUAAUGCUUGUGCUAAUUUAGGUUGGACUGAUAAAUUUUGCCAAUUGUUUGAUGAAAUGUCUGAAAAUAAUUGCGAACCGGAUGUUUUGACUUAUAAUGUUAUGAUUAAGUUAUGUGCUAGAGUUGAGAGGAAAGAUUUGUUUGUUUUUGUGUUGGAACGGAUUCUCGAAAAAGAGAUUCCUUUGUGUAUAACUACAUUGCAGUCUUUAGUGGCUUCUUAUAUCGGUUUUGGUGAGUUAGAAACUGCGGAAAAUAUUGUUCAAGCAAUGAGGGAAGGGAGGAAAGAUCUUUGUAAGAUCUUAAGGGAUUCGAGUUUGGAAGGUUUUGAGGGUUCGGGUAAUGGGAAUAGUUUUGGAGUGUUUGAAAAAUUGCUUCCGAAUGUGAAUUAUGGUAGUGAAUAUGAACCGCCUUUGUUGCCUAAAGUGUUUACGCCGAAUACUAGAAUGUACACGACUUUAAUGAAGGGUUAUAUGAAAGCAGGACGGAUUAAAGACACCGUUAGGAUGCUUGAGGCGAUGAGGAAUCAAGAGGAUACUAGUAGUCGUCCUGAUCAUGUGUCUUAUACGACGGUUGUUUCUGCAUUGGUUAAUGUCGGGUCAAUGGAAAAGGCGAGACAAGUUUUGAAUGAGAUGAGGAACUCUGGAGUUCAAGCAAACCGGAUCACUUACAAUAUCUUACUAAAAGGGUACUGUCAGCAGCUUCAGUUAGAUAAUGCUAAAGAGAUUAUUAAGGAAAUGAUUAGUGUAGGGAUUGAACCGGAUGCGGUAUCAUACAAUACAUUAAUUGAUGGUUGUAUAUUGAUUGAUGAUUGUGCAGGAGCUCUUGUACUUUUCAAUGAAAUGAGAGCAAGAGGAAUUGCUCCAACAAAGGUAAGUUACACUACUCUUAUGAAAGCUUUUUCAGUAUCAGGCCAACCUAAACUAGCUCAAGAUGUUUUUAACGAAAUGGAAAAAGACCCGCGAGUGAAAGUUGAUUUAGUUGCUUGGAACAUGUUAGUUGAAGCGUAUAGUCGCCUAGGUAUGCUUGAUCUUGCAAAAGAAACAGUUGAGAAAAUGAAAAGGAAAGGGGUUUAUCCAGAUGUAGCUACUUAUGGCAGUCUUGCAAAUUGUAUAGCUUUAGCAAGAAAGCCCGGUGAUGCAUUGUUGUUAUGGAACGAGAUUAAAGAACGAUGUGGGCUGAUAGAUGAUGAAACUAAGGUUUCUAAACCUGCUUCAAAUGUUCCAGUUUUGAAACCUGAUGAAGGGUUGUUGGAUACUUUAGCAGAUAUAUGUGUGAGGGCGGCGUUCUUUAAGAAAGCUUUAGAAAUAGUGGCUUUUAUGGAGGAAUUAGGGAUAUCACCAAAUAAGACCAAGUAUACAAGAAUUUAUGUAGAGAUGCAUUCAAGAAUGUUUACUAGCAAACAUGCCUCUAGAGCGAGGCAGGAUAGGCGGAUAGAGAGGAAAAGAGCAGCAGAAGCUUUCAAAUUUUGGCUUGGAUUGCCGAAUUCUUACUAUGGAAGUGAGUGGAGACUCGAAGGAGAAGGAGGUGAAGAAGAUGAGUACGCAAUCUAAUGAUAGAGUUUUCGGUGUUUGUAUUUUAUACUACAUAAAAUCUGAUCAGCCAUUGUUGUACAAAUUUUAUAUCGAGUCAGUUGAUAUAGGUUGUUGUCCCUCAUAUACAGAAGUGUAUUUUUAGAUGCAGGAUUAUAUGAUGAAAUAUAUGAAAGUUACGUAUA